AGCAGUAAGAGGAUGGAGCUGAACACAUCAGAGAAGACAUGUCAGAAAAGAGGAAUCAACAACAUAGCCUUUAAGUCAGAGGAGCAGGAUCAGAUAUACAUUGAUGUGAACAGCGCUGCGGAGACUGCAGAGGAUGUACAGAAAAUGUCUGAAGAACGGGAAAAAAGCAUGCUGGAGAAGAAAAUGGAGGCAGUCCAGGGCUAUUUGGCAGAACACAGUGACCAGAUCCACCUGUUUAUACGCCUGGUGUUAGGAGCAGGAUUUGUUGCCAUGGUGAUAGCGGCAUGUGUUCUGAACCUCAACCGGGCAGUCGGGCUUCUGGUCCUCUCCUUGGUUACCGUGCUCUUUCUGGUCUGGGAUUGGACGAUGGAACGCUAUGGCGAUCGGUUGUGGGAGCAUCUCUGUCCUAUCAGAGACCUUCUAAGUAGGAACUGGUUCUGGAUCAGAUGGUGUAUAUAUAUGUCAGUACUGGUGGCGGUUGUGUGCUGGCUUGCACUGGACACAGCCCAGCAGGGCACCAGACAGCUUAUGUCUUUCUUUGGUUUGCUGCUCUUCAUCUUCUUAAUCGCGCUGUUCUCAAAACAUCCAUUCAGGUGGUCUCCACAAACUUUGCUCUCUGGGAUUGGACUACAGUUUGUCGCCGGUCUGCUGACUCUCAGGACCACAUUUGGCUUGCAAGCACUGGAAUGGAUUGGAAAACAAGCGGAAACUUUUAUGGCCUUCACAGAUGUUGGGUCUAAAUUUGUGUUUGGCGACAGCUACAAAGACCACUUCUUUGCCUUUCAGGUGAUGCCUAUAGUGGUGUUUAUAAGCUCUAUCAUCUCAAUCCUCUACUCUAUUGGCUUCAUGCAGUGGCUCAUUUGCAAGCUAGGAUUUAUAAUGCACGUCGUCAUGGGAACGUCACCAACAGAAUCAAUGGCUGCAGCAGGAAAUAUAUUCUUGGGACAGACAGAGACACCCCUCCUGAUUAAACCCUACCUCAGUGAGCUCACGCUCUCUGAGCUGCACGCUGUGAUGACGGGAGGUUUUGCCAGCAUCUCCGGUAGCAUCUUAGGAGCCUUUAUCUCCUUCGGGAUUGAGGCAUCACACUUGUUGACAGCAUCACUGAUGUCCGCUCCAGCCUCGCUCGCCAUCGCCAAGACGUUCUGGCCUGAAACAGAGAAGACAGCUACUAUCAGUGACCAAGACCUCAAACUGAACAAAGGAAAGAGUAAGAACGUGUUGGAGGCGGCCUCCCAAGGUGCUGUUUGUGCUGUUAGUGUCGUGGCCAGCAUUGUGGUCAACGUCAUUUCCUUCAUGGCACUGCUGGCCUUUUUGAACGCCAUCCUCUCCUGGCUGGGCGGGAUGUUCGAUUGUCCGCAGCUCAGCUUUGCGCUUAUCUGCUCUUAUGUGUUCAUGCCUCUCUCGUUCAUGAUGGGCGUCUCCUGGGAGGACAGUUUCAUUGUCGCUGAGCUGCUCGGCAUAAAGACUUUCCUCAACGAGUUUGUGGCCUAUCAGAACUUGUCGGAGUUAAUCAAGAGGCGGAAGGCAGGAGGGCCAGAAUAUGUGAAUGACGUGAAGCAGUAUAUUUCUGUCCACUCUGAAACCAUCGCAACCUACGCUUUGUGUGGAUUUUCCAACUUUUCUUCACUGGGGAUGGCGAUUGGAGGGAUGUCUGCUCUCGCUCCUGAUCGGCGGUCUGACAUCUCCUCCUGUGGCCUCAGAUCUCUCAAUGCUGGCAGCGUCUCCUGUUUGAUGACAGCGUGUAUUGCAGGUAUCUUGUACAUCCCUGAUGUCCAGUGUCCCCAGUUCCUGAGCACCGAGUUCAGCAAUGCCAAUGUAUCCAGUAGCACGCAACUGGUCACCUGCUGCACACUGCUGUAUAACAGUGUGACCGCGUUUGAGCCAUGGAACGUGACGGCCGGAGAAGGAUUCAGUCAGAGCAGCCUGCGAGGCUGCUGCACACUCACACCCCCGACACACUUCAACUGCAGCUCUGUGUUUUGAAUCACUGUCGACAAAAACACACAGACCUCAGUGGUAGAAACAUGUGCUGCUUGUUUUUUAAGGUAAAUUGUUCAGUUAAAAAAAAUAAUUUUUUGUGAGCCGACCGCUGUAAAUACUAAUUUACAGCGGUCGGCUCACAACCCACCCAGCUGUUUGUAUAGAAAUUUAAUUCUAAUUAAAAAAUUAAAAGUGACAGCUCAAUGCAUGGAUUGUUGUAAAUACAUUUCUGAAUUUUUGAAUAUACUGUGAUAUUGCAGCUUAAUAAAAAGCUUAAUAACUUAUCUAAAUCGUUGGAGGUUCGUCCUCCGCCACUGCUUUUGUUGACCACCCUUCUAACAAUAUGUGGAACAAAAGCUUUACUGGACUCAUUUCACCAAAUAUCUGCAACUAUGAUAAAAAAAAGAAAAACUGAAAGCUCUUCUCCACAAAUAUCACAGAAACUAGCAAAUGCAGUGUGUUACUUGGCCACUGGAUGUCAGUUUCACCCAAAACAUGCUAGAGUCUAGAUGCUUCUUCAGGCCACUGUGGGGCAGGUCAAUCAUUCUGGGAGGUAUGGGCCUCAUGAAUACUAACAGAGAGUUCAGGCUCUGAUUUCCUGCUAAAUAGAGUGGAGGCCAUCGAGCUGUGCACUUUCAACAUCUGCAUGUGUGAGAUGAGAGCGCAGUCACAGAGAUGGCAAAUGACAGUCUGUUCAUUAAAUCCACCACAAGCAAAAGGUCAGAUGGCUCCCUUCUCGUGGGCAGGAGGUGUGUUCAUAUGUGUGAAAUUCACACACCCACACAGAGGGAACAUUAGACUCACCCAUCAGACGCUGUCAUAGAGGGCAUUUUUAAGUUCCGUGUUACCAUGUGUUCCCCUCUUUUAAAAAAAGAAAUCAAAUAUGUUGAGCUAAUUUUCUGGUUCUUGAGCAUCCUUAAGAAAAAGAAUGUCCUGAAAACAUGUCGACUAAACGUUGUUAUGUGAGUGUCUUUCUGUGUAAGAUAAGAAAGAUAAGGGUUAAAUUGUUUGGACUUACAACAAUCAUCAGGAUUUAGUAUCUUUUUAGGUUUUUAAGGUUUUAUGUUAUUACAGCAAAAUUAUGCUCAGUCUAUUUGGUACAUCAAUCCACUUUGCUCCGCACAUCAAAUUCUUAUUCUCAUGCUACUUUGAGUUUUAUAUAUUCCCAUUAAGUCAAGUUAGAUUUAUUUAUAUAGAACAUUACAUUGUUACACCAAAAUGCUUAACAAUCAUGGCAAAGGAAGGUAUGACAAGUAUGAAUAAAAUAAAAAAAAAUAAAAGCCUUUUGUAAUGUUUAUACGCUUGAAUAUCUUUCCUAAUGAAUCAGUAAUGUGCAUACU